AGUCGUAGAGUACACAACCACGGUUCACUGGGACUCAUUUGAGCUGCCACUUCACACGGUCAAGGUGUGGUUGUAGAGGAAGCUGGAUUUAGGAAGACUCCAGACAUGGGAGAGGAGAGGAUGGGGGACUGUUGGAGCUACACCAAGGAUCAGUUUGACAACUUGGAGAAGCAUACACAGUGGGGGAUCGAGUAUUUGGAGAAGUACACCAAAUUUGUCAAGGAGAGAUCAGAGAUUGAAACCAGCUAUGCAAAACAAAUUAGGAAUUUAUCAAAGAAGUAUCAACCUAAGAAGAACUCACGAGAAGAGGAAGAGAGCAAGUACACCUUCUGUCGAGCCUUCCUGACGACACUUAACGAGCUAAAUGACUACGCGGGUCAGCACGAGGUCAUAGCCGAGAACUUGACAUCUCAAAUCAUCAGCGAGCUCUCGCGCUACCUAGCGGAGCUCAAGGCCGAGAGAAAAGGGCAUUUCCAUGAUGGGCGUAAGGCACAGCAGCAUGUUGAGAGCUCAUGGAAACAGCUGGAAUCGAGUAAAAGAAGGUUUGAGAGGGACUGCAAAGAGGCAGACAGAGCGCAGCAAUACUUUGAGAAGAUGGAUGCUGACAUCAACGUGACUAAGGCUGACGUGGAAAAGCGAAGUUCCCACAAGGCACGACAGCAAGCUCAGAUGAGGCACCAGAUGGCGGCUGACAGUAAGAGCGAUUACUCCGCCUACCUGCAAAAGUUCAACCAGGAGCAGAAUGAACAUUACUUCACUGUUAUCCCCAACAUAUUUCAGAAACUUCAAGAAAUGGAGGAGAAAAGAAUCGAGAGGAUAGGAGUGUGCAUGAAGACGUUUGCAGACGUGGACCGCCAAGUGCUGCCAAUCGUGGGGAAAUGUUUAGACGGCAUGACGAAAGCAGCUGAGGCCAUCGAGCCCAAGACUGACUCGCAGCAGGUAGUGGAGUCGUAUAAGUCCGGGUUCGAGCCGCCCGGUGAUGUGGAGUUCGAGGACUACGGCCAGGCUAUGAAGAGGACGGCGUCUGACACCAGCCUGUCCAGAGAGACCAAGGAGAAGCCCGUCAGCAAGAGCAAGGGCAAACUGUGGCCUUUCAUUAAGAACAAGAACAAGCUUAUGUCCUUGUUAACGUCCCCCCACCAGCCCCCACCUGCCCCCCCAGCCACAUCCCCGCCCUCACCCUCUGCUGUUCCCAACGACUCCCAAUCUCCCAAGCAGCAAAAGGAGCCCCUCUCCCACCGCCUCAACGACUUCAUGGCCUCCAAACCCAAAAUGCACUGCCUCCGGAGCCUGAGGCGAGGGCUUUCUCUCAAGCUGAUCACACUCAAUUCCCACGUCCGGAAUCUCAUUGAGGGCUCUGGACCCGAGGACUUCAGCCACCUGCCACCAGAGCAGAGGAGGAAGAAGCUGCAGGGCAAGCUGGAUGACCUGAAUAAGGACAUUCAGAAAGAAAUGGACCAGAGGGAUGCUCUGACUAAAAUGAAAGAUGUGUACGUGAAGAACCCUCAGAUGGGAGACCCGGCCAGCGUCGACCCCCGGCUAUCAGAAAUAGGCCAGAACAUAGAGAAGCUCCAGUUUGAAGUUCAGAAGUUUGAGGGCUGGUUAGCAGAGGUGGAGGAACGGAUGCCAUCCAAGAGCGAUACACACCGGAGAAGUGGACUCUAUGAGACCCAGAACAGCACAACAGUGAGCAACAACUGUGCGCAGGACAGAGAGAGCCCAGAUGGCAGCUACACAGAGGAGCAGAACUCAGAGACUCAGGUGAAAGCCAACAUCAACCCCGUACCCAACACCAACCCCGUCCCCACGUCCACCACGCCGGAGUUCGACGACGAGUUUGACGACGAGGAGACCCUGCCCACCAUCGGCACCUGCAAAGCCUUGUACCCAUUCGAAGGUCAUAACGAAGGCACCAUCGCAGUGGCAGAGGGCGAGCUGUUGUACGUCAUAGAAGAAGAUAAAGGAGACGGCUGGACACGAGUGCGCAGGAACGAGGAGGAGGAGGGAUACGUCCCCACAUCCUACGUGGAGGUCUUUUUGGAAACAAAUGCCAAAGGCGAGUGGUAGAGGAAUACAGGAGGGAGAAUUAUCUGAGCUCUACGAUUCCUAAAAGUGUGAGAGGCUGGCUGAGGAAUGGCAGGGCAAGCAGCCUCGGAGAAAACACCCGACCAUGUUCCUCCCGCGCUCACAGAGUCAGAGAAAGAAAGUGAAAGAUGACCCCAAUCUAAAAGAGGAAGAUUCGCAACUCAAUUUGUCAAAAACAAACGGGAAAAAAAAAAAAAAAAACGUAUUGAGAGUGUUGCUCUUCGUGUGCAGAAACACUGUGAUUUCAAGACACAAUAAGAGAUAUCCAUCUAAAUUUAGUGCUCCUAACCUUCUCCAUUCUUAACACCCACACAGCAGUCACAACCACAGUAUUCAAUUUGCUUCUUUUGUUGUUGUCAGCAAAGCUUUUGCUUCUAAAUGGAACUAACUCAGCUUGCACCGCUCGAUUUCUGAAUGUGGCUGUUGGCUUCCUAUAUCUGAACGCGCCCCUUUUGCUUUCCUUACAUUAUUGCCCCCCCCCCCCCCCCCCCCCCCCUUGAAGACACUCUUGCACACACAUAAACAUUCUCACAUGGCAGAGGGUGUGGUCAGAGACGGGACAGGUACCAGCAGGAGUCAAAAAUUCCACCUAAAAACACCUUUCAUGCAGUGGUGUGUGUGUGUGAGAGAGACAUGAACUUCUCAGAAUCACCCUGGGCUCCUCUGCCUACAUCUGGAGCUUUAAGAAUCUCACCUGGUCACCACUCCCACUAAAAUCCAUUUUUGCAGGUUAAACCAUCUGGAAAUCAAGAAGUGAAGGUGCUAAUCAUCUGUCUGUAUGCUACAUGAUUCUGUUUUAUGUUGUGUGUUUGUUUCUUAUCUGGAUGCUUGUAUGUCUGUCUUCUUUGUAACGGCCCAUUUUCUCCAGCUGAGAGGAGAAGAGAUGAAUGAUGCAUUAUUCGCUAUCACUCAUCCUAUAAUUUCUUGUCUUGUUGUCACUGGUGUCUGUUCCUCUCUCUGACCUUCACCCCCACGGUCCUCCCCCUCCUUAGGCAGCUCAGGCUCUGCUUUAGCUCAGGGCGGGGGGGGGGAGCCUCCCAGCGUUGCGGUGUGCUGCAUGCUUGCCCUGUCUUCCUCCUCUGCCCCUCCUCUCUGCUAACAACACAGAGGAGGUGUUGUUGGGGGUGGUGUUUGGUCAGCUUCGUCCAGCCUUUCUGUUCAGUUAACCCUCAUUGCCUGGUCUCACUGUUUGGAUUAACCUGAAUGCUACCGUUUGGGUUCAGUGCCUGUGGUUCAUUUUUUUCAUUUUUUUUUGUUGUCUUAGAAAGCAUGUUUUCCUGUUUUUAACAGUGAGUGAGUGAUCUCCUCCUUCACAGUGUUCCCCAGUUAAAUCUGUAAACUGUAUGAAAAGGAGAAUAGGGACCGGAAAUGUUGUUUUCUGAAUGAUUUGUUUGCAUAGGUAGGUCUUGUGCGUUUGUUUAACUGUUAAAUACACAGUACAGUGUGUAUUUAAAAAAUGUUAGUAUUGUAUGUUUUUUCAUCAGAGUGUCUAAUGCAAGUAUUUGUUAGUUUACAGUUUAUCACCCUGUGGAAACACCUACACUCAUUUCAAGCAGCAACAGUUUGACAAAAAAUAAAUCUUUUCCAUCAUAUUCAUAUGGUAGCUAUUUUCCUCUGACAAGACUCUCAGGGUGGGAAGCUCAGAUGCUGUGGAAAUGUUGUAUACUGGCCGUGUGGUAGGUUUGCAAAAGGUUUAAAAAUAAGGGAUAAGAAAAAUCAUUUUCCAAUCCCAGCUGACUGAUUAAAAACCAUCUGAAAAUAUAAAAUAUCUAGUCAAAAUUUGGAAGGAUAUUGAGUAUUAUAACAAGUUAAAGCAACAUAUUUUACAAGUCAUUAGCUAGAUCACUAGCUUACAUUAGAAUUCAGCCACUCCCUAGCUAACAUAACUGUUUUUCCUAAGAAUUGGUUACAUGCUAACUUGUGACUACAGUUGUGACUUUGCAGUUAAAGCUCUUCCAAAAUGUUUUAGCUUGAACUAUGGCUCAAAUAAUGAAUGCUAAUGUUAGCUACUGUGUCUUAGCUUUUUGGUACCUAAUGAAUCAUCAGCUAUACAUUUCGAAAAUGUAACAUGAUGUGACAAAAGGGCUUUAAUUCCUGCCUGAUCGUUAUGCUAGCUAGCAAAUGGUAAUAUUUGCUAGGAAAAGAAUGAAUGCUUAUUACAGCCACUGUGACUUAGUGUUUGGUAUCUAAUUCAUCAGCUAGUGUUAGCAUUCAAGCACGUUUUAGCUAACAUUACACGUCAAGUUACUUGCUAAAAUUCCUGGCUGAAGGUAACGCUUUAGCUAAUGGUUAUGUUAGCUGCAGUUAUUCAGUUAGCAGAUGUGUUGUUUAGCUUGAAAUGUGGCCCUUAUAUUCAGCAUUUUCUGAUGUAAGUACAAGAUUGCAAUUUAACCACUUACCAUAUGAUAAUGUUACACAUUCUUAGGAAUGGUGUGAAUUCCCAGCCGAUAAUAAUGCUACCUAGCUAAACACAAUGUAAGAUAAGAAUUGGUGGAAAGCUGACAUUUGCUACUGAGGCUUUAGUUGUAGGUACCAAAUGACUCAUCAAAUAUGUUGUUUUAACUUUAAAAUGCCCUUACUUUUUUUUUUACUCUUUAUUUUCUCGAUUUCCUUAUUUUCAGCUGUUGAACAAUCAUUAAUCUAAUUUGCAUACCUGGACUAAAGCAGUACAACUUUACAAGCAAUGUAAACUUCCCGUCCCUGAGCAGGACAUCAAGGAAAAUGCUCUGUGAGUCUGGUGGAUGAAGAUAUGAUAUUACACCUGAUGUUUUUGGGAUUGUCCACUUUUAACUGUCUACUGCUACUGUAUAUGGAAAUAUACUGUGAUCCACAUUUUACCUGUGAGUUUGUGACUGAAAUAUGACCCUGAACCACCUUUAGUGGGCCUUAACUGGGUUCUCAAAGACAAGGAAUGAUGCUGGUGCAUGGACUAAGAUGUGAUUAUCUCAAAAUUUGGGGGCAAAUUUGAGUUUUUCUGAUCAAGAAACUGUCUGAAGAUAGAAAUGAUGUCCACUGAUCCCCUUUACCUGCUCAAUGGCACAUAACGAACGUGAUUUUUAACAACUUUGUUUUAUAUUUGAUGAUGAUAAGUUGGCUUUCGGCUUUCUUUGCUUUUUAUUUCUUUGGGUUUUUUUUAAAGCUGGAAAUCUGUGUUGUAGCUUAUUCUGCUUGAACUGCAAAUAUGAGUAACCAUGACAUCUUUUGGAUGAAGCCAUUUUUAAAUAUUCAUCUGUUGCAACAUAGUAUGAACAUUAGUGUUACAUGAACGUAUUGACCACUUGGACUCUUGGUGAAAGGAAUGAUCAAACCACUGUUGAUUUACGCUCACACGUUCUGUUUGAUUUUCACCACCCAUCGCUCAAUAUGAAAAGAUAUCAAACAAAAUGCUUUCUUUGGUUUUCUAUAAACAUAAACAUGAUGAGGCACAGACCACAACUCUAAAGGCAGCAGUAGACUUGAUAAUAGAACUGACUUGCCAGUUUUUCGAGACCACCACAAAUCUCUUCGUCAAAGCCCCGAUUAACCUGCCUGUACAGAGGAAAACGGCACGUUGGAAUUAGAAAGAGUAUAUAUGAAUAUAUAAAUAAAGUCUAAAAAGGAAAAACAUCUAUUUUAACUAUUGAGAGUCUUACCAUUACUUUAUCUGCUUUGCAAAGUAAGACUUUUUUCCUUUGUAAAGGUCUACCAAAUGGUGUGUUUUUGCACUUUCUGUUUGUGUUCCAUUUGGUAGCCCAUGCUUGUGUUUCUGGAGCACUGAAUACUUUGUAUUGUGUUUACUGUGCCAAUUAAAUAUGCCUGAAAGUUAA